CAUAAAAACACAUUCACGAAUACGCAGAGUCUAUAUAGUUGUGUGCAUCGUAUAUAGUAGCAUGAUUCCAAAUCGGACGGUUGGUUAAGGUGGCGCGCGCCUUCUUCGUGGUUUUAUCGUGAUUGUCGACCAAAUCAUAUGUUUUGCGUGUGGAGGCGGUCGAGGAAAAUAAGCAAGGAGAGAGAUUAAAACCAAAACAGCAACUAAACGGGCGCAGUUUUACAGUGGAAAAAUCGAAAAAAGCAACCACACAGCACAGUGAUUGAUGCGAAUUAAUAAAAUUAAAAUAUGGUUAGCCAUUCGAAUUCUGUGGAAUAAAAUUGUGAAAAAAACAGAAAACAAAAUAGUUAUCGCUCUCUCUCCUUCUCCAUCGUUCUCUCUGCUCUCCGUGUGUUUAUGUCUCAGCUGUGCAAGUGUAUGAGUGACGUGCGUGUUUGUGAUUUUAUGUUGUUGUUUUGCCUGCUUUCGCUUGAAAUUCAAAAACAACAACAAAGGCAACAGAAACAGGCAACAAAAAUUGAAAAUUUUCAUUUAAUCUAAAAUUGCAGGCGCCCAUUUUCCAGUUAUCAGGUAAACAGAAUUUAAAUAAAAAACCAGAACGAUGCAUAUAAUUGGGAUGACAGACAAAUCCUGUGUUUUUUAACUAUAUUUAAAAGUUCUGAAGUCGGUCUGAAGUGCUAUCCUAGACUUUCCUUUUCUGCCACCGCCUGGCAUCAUCAAACAUCCAAUUUAUCGAAAUAGUUUUUAUAUUUGCAUCGCAGCCACACGUUGGGGCCCUCACAGCCAGAAUUUCGAGGAACGCGAACGACAGCCAUUGGAAAAAUCCUCACGCACAAUGAAAAACGACGUCGUGCGAUGGAGCAGGCAGCCAACUAGCAACGUCAACAGCAGCAGUAGCAACAGCAGAAGCGGCAACAGCAACAGCAAUAGCCACAAACACAGAAGCAAAAGGAACCAAUUUAAUGCUCGACAAUUAGGGCCACAUGCUGGCAGAAGUUGUGAGCGAAAAGCCGCCACAGAGCAUGAAGAACAACAAACAAUCAUUGAAUGUGAUAUAGGAAAUUUCAAUUUCGAUUGCAAUUUAUUCAAAACUAGUUUUUUAACGCAAUGCAACACGAAACAUAGUGGCAACAGCAAAAGAUUAACCAGCCGCAGCAGACACUUGGCGAAAACGAAAGCUGUGUUGCUGUUAGCUCUGCAAUUUAGUGCCGUAGUUUUUAUAUGUAAUUUAAAUGUCGGUUUCGUGGCCGGAAGUGUGGCAACGGCAUCAGCUGGUGGUGCAUCACCGGCAGCACCAUCCCCAGCGCCUUCAUCUCCGCCCGCAGCACCACCGCCGUCAUCACUCAAGGUGGAUCCAAAUGGCCAGUCGCCAGUGUUGCCGCCAUAUGUCCUCGACUAUGAGACGGGCGGCAGGGCCAAGUUGACGCCCAACAGUGGCAAGUACGGCCAAUCGGGCAGCUCCGGGAGCAACAAUCAAAUCACCGGACACUAUACACACACCUGGGCGGUGCACAUACCGAACGGCGAUAAUGGCAUGGCCGAUGCAGUCGCCAAGGAUCACGGUUUCGUCAAUUUGGGCAAGAUCUUUGAGGAUCACUACCACUUCGCACAUCACAAGGUAUCGAAGCGGUCGCUCUCUCCCGCCUCGCAUCACCAAACUCGCCUCCAUGACGACCAUCGCGUCCUCUGGGCGAAGCAGCAGCGGGCCAAGUCGCGAUCCAAGCGGGACUUCAUCCGCCUGCGUCCUUCUAGGACCUCCUCGCGGGCCAUGUCGAUGGUGGACGCAAUGCCCUUCACCGACUCCAAGUGGUCGCAGAUGUGGUAUCUAAACCGCGGUUCAGGCCUGGACAUGAAUGUGAUACCCGCCUGGAAGGAGGGGAUCACCGGCAAGGGCGUGGUGGUGACCAUCCUGGACGACGGCCUGGAAUCAGAUCACCCCGAUAUAGAGGAUAAUUAUGACCCCAAGGCCUCGUACGAUGUGAACAGCCACGACGACGAUCCGAUGCCGCACUACGACAUGACCGACUCGAAUCGCCAUGGAACGCGCUGUGCCGGCGAGGUGGCAGCCACCGCGAACAACUCCUUUUGUGCGGUGGGCAUCGCCUAUGGAGCCAGUGUGGGCGGAGUGAGGAUGUUGGACGGUGAUGUCACGGAUGCAGUGGAGGCCCGAUCGCUGUCGCUGAACCCGCAGCACAUCGAUAUAUACAGUGCCUCGUGGGGACCGGAUGACGAUGGCAAGACCGUGGACGGACCCGGGGAGCUGGCUUCGCGCGCCUUCAUAGAGGGGACAACAAAGGGACGUGGCGGCAAGGGCAGCAUCUUCAUCUGGGCAUCGGGCAAUGGCGGGCGGGAGCAGGAUAACUGCAACUGCGACGGCUACACGAACUCCAUCUGGACGCUGUCCAUCUCCAGUGCCACGGAGAAUGGCAACGUGCCCUGGUACUCGGAGAAGUGCAGCUCCACGCUGGCCACCACCUACAGCAGCGGCGGGCAGGGCGAGAAGCAGGUGGUCACCACGGACCUGCACCACUCGUGCACUGUCUCCCACACGGGCACCUCGGCGUCGGCCCCGCUCGCCGCUGGUAUCGCCGCCCUGGUGCUGCAGUCCAACCAGAAUCUCACCUGGCGCGACCUGCAGCACAUUGUGGUGCGCACCGCCAAGCCGGCGAACCUCGCUGACCCCAGCUGGUCACGCAACGGGGUGGGGCGGCGGGUGAGCCACUCCUUUGGCUACGGAUUGAUGGACGCCGCCGAGAUGGUGAGGGUGGCCCGCACAUGGAAGGCGGUGCCGGAGCAACAGCGAUGCGAGAUUAACGCCCCCCAUGUCGAUAAGGUCAUUCCGCCUCGCACCCACAUCACCCUGCAGCUGACGGUGGCGCACUGUCGGUCGGUCAAUUAUCUGGAGCACGUCCAGGCCAAGAUCACGUUGACUUCGCAAAGGCGCGGCGACAUCCAGAUCUUCUUGAGGUCACCCGCCAACACCAGUGUCACACUCCUAACACCCAGGAUACACGACAACUCGCGCUCCGGUUUCAACCAGUGGCCCUUCAUGUCCGUGCACACCUGGGGAGAAUCGCCACAAGGAAAUUGGCAAUUGGAGAUCCACAACGAGGGUCGCUAUAUGGGCCAUGCUCUGCUCAGGGAAUGGUCGCUGAUCUUUUACGGCACCACUCAGAGCAUCGACCCCAACGAUCCGAUCUCGGUGCCCAGGCCGAGUGGCUCGGAGGCCACCACCCCAAAUAGCAGCAGCACCACCAGCAAUCUGCAUCAGGCCUACUCCCCGCAAUAUCCCCGCAUUCCACCCAAUAACUUUGGCAGCUCGCCUUCUGGCGGGUCAAAGUUGCCUUUGGGCAAAGUGCCUGCUCCCAAUAAAUCCAGUUAUGUGACCAACAAUCCGCUGCUGAAUCCUGCACCUCCCAAACAGGGUUACCAACAGAUAUCGGCCACCUACGGGGUGAUAUUGGGGAAAGCCAAUGGGAAGUCUAGCAAUAGCAGUAAGGAGAAAACCAAUAACAAGGGAAACAAGGCUAAUAAUGGUAAUAAGGGUAAAUCCGGCGGAUCGGGUGGUAAUCGCAAGGAGCACACCACCCAGAGCACAAUCGUCCAAACAACCACCAGUAAAAAUAAGUACUACCGCAUUUCCCAGCAACAGCAGCAAAAGAACAACAAACAUGACAGGAAUGGAGUGCAAACACAAAGACCCAAAGCCAAUUCCGGGGAGAAAUCCUACGAUGAUAAAAACCGUAAAGUAGUGGGUGAAAUCACGACAACCAGCGGCGGCUUCGGCGGAUCGAUCAAAGCAGCCAAGCAGGUGAAGGAGAGCACCACCUCAUCCUCGAAUUCCCGGAUACCCAAGCUCUUCGAACGAUACGAGAAGAUACAGGCCAUUUUCCCGGAACUGGAACCCUAUGAGAGUAGUUCACCCAAGGGAAAGGUUAAGCCGGCCAAGCAGGGCAAACAAUUCGAGGUGGAUCUGUUUAGACCCACUACCGGCGGAAAUAGUCGGCAGGGAAAUACGAAGAAGUCACCCUCGGUGCCACCACCUUCGCAAACGAUGGCCACCCUUUCCAUUUUGCCCAUACUGCCCGCCGGUGGCAGUAGUUUCCUGCCCGAUCAGAAGAUCCUGAAGAAACAGCAACUCCUGAUGGCCGCCGCCGGAGUCAUGGCUCCCGCCCAGGUGGAGGUGGAAAUGGAGGAGAUUCAGGCGACACCCGAUUACGGGGAAGCAAGGGACCAGCGGAAGGAGGACAACGGUCCAAAUGCACAAAUCACACAAUGGGACAUGAUAUUCUACGGCACGGAAACCCCCGCUCAACCCGAGGACCUGGCCAAUCCCAGCCAGCCGAAUCCGUUCAAUCUGUACGGAAACGACAUGGCCCACAAUGACCUCGAGUACGAUUCCACCGGCCAGUGGAGGAAUAUGCAGCAGGUGGGCGAUGUGGGCAUGACCCGAGAUCACAGGAACACCGCCGCGUGCCUUAAGUGGAGCGAUCGCAAGUGCUUAGAGUGCAAUGAUUCCUCUUAUAUGUUUGAGGACCAGUGCUAUGAUGUCUGCCCGGUGCACACAUAUCCACUUGAUAAAUUGGAAUCGGAUGAGGAAGAACUGGACGACGAUGUGAGCAGGGGUCCUCUCAAUCCCUACAGCAGGCCCACCACCAAUCAUCCCUCGUCCAUGUCCAAUAGUUUGGACGGCAAGCAGGAUCCUCUGCAGGCGGAGGAUCGUCGUCGUCGUCGUAGAAGUUAUUCCGCUGGCGCCCCGCUCACCCAACUGGUGGAAACGCCCACUCGGAUCUGUGCCGAUUGCGACCGGAGCUGCCUGGCCUGUCAUGGACCUCUGGCCUCCCAGUGCAGCACCUGUUCCCCGGGCAGCCAGCUCCGGAAGAUCCAGAACGAUACCUUCUGUUAUGCGUAUGUGGUUCGCAGCACGGGAAUGGCUUCUGUGGAGGACAUUUCCCAGGUGGGUGAGCGAAGUACCCUGCACUACUUUACGGCCACUACGGUGCUCCUUCUGGUCGCGGUGAUCAUCACCCUAAUGGGCGCGGUAAUUGCUGCCGGCAUAGUCUACCAUCGCAGGGCAACGGCGCGAUCCAACGAAAUUUACUCCCGAGUAUCUCUGAUGACCGGCGACGAAAGUGACUCUGAUAACGAGGACGAACUAUUCAGGGCCCAUUUUCUGGGGAAAAAGAGGGAUGUCAUCGAAUAUCGCGAUGAAGCGCCCAGCGAAGAGAAAGAGAUCAGCCAUUGGGUACACUAGAUAAUCAAAUUAAAUUAUUAGUUUCGUCAUGCAUUUAGCCACCCUCAUAACCACCAGAAAUAUUAUAUAAAUCUUCAGCCGAGGACAAUCACAUUUUCGGUUUAUAUUAUUUUAUAUUCGACGGCAUUACAGCUCCUUGACUUAAAGCCAAAAUAGUUUAAGUCUUAAAAAAUAAACUAAAGAGAAAAUCAAAACUAAAUAUAUGAAUAUUUAUGCAUUAAUAAAACUAUUAGAAUUUAAUCACUGACCGCUUACUCAUUAAAAUCCGGAAAAAUACCAAAUUGUGUAUGCAUGACGUAUAAGCAACAACAAUUAUAUUGUUAUUUAGAAACAACUGUUUACAACUUGUUGAGAAAGGUAGCACUUAAAGAAAUCUUCAAAAUGUUUAGAAAGAUAAGAAAAGUGAUAAAUGGAAUUGUAAGAUUA